AUGCGAAGAGUCGACGUUCGCUCGUGUGACGUUAUGUCAAUGCUGAUACCAGGCAUGUCUGAUGUUUCCCAGGCGAAAGAGUCUAUAUUUUCUUUUAGGAAGGCGAUUAGUUCGACUUUGAUUGAACCACUGAGCUCCGAACCAAUGUUUACACAUUUGUCGGGAUAUCCAGGGUCUGCCCAAUAUAGCGUUAUAUGUGGCUGGGCGAUCUACUACGACGAAGCUUAUCGGUUUUCGGAUUCCUCCUGCAGUAACUACAAGUUGGAUAGUUCCGAGAGCGACUCGAAUCCUUGCUACGUCGAGCUGGACGACGAGAGCGUCGUCAUGUGGUGGGAUCCGUUGCUUAAACGCGGGAGGGGGAGUGUCGUCCUCGUCCACGUCUCGAUUCCUCUUUUGAUGUUUUUAGGAGGAGGCUUUUUAGCGUUAGGAGCUGUCGGUAGUGUUUCAUCGACGUCUUCUUCUUGCGAAGGCUCCUGGUCUUUUGGUGCACUUUGGAGCAUUUGGGACGUGAGGAGCAAGGAAGGACUUGGUGCAUGGACGCAGCUCAGCCACACACGCAAGGACGAAGGAGGAACCAUCUUGAAGUCAGCUCGACCACCUACUCGACCAUCCGGUCGAGUUCCUCAACUCGACCGGCCAAGCUUCAACUCGAUCGAGCUGAGAAGUCAACAGUCAAACCCGAAAAAUGUUGCUUCCCCCUUGACUUCCCUUUGA